AUGCACAUGACACUCCCCCGGUUUCACCCUGGCAACUUCAUCCAUCGUGAUCAAGCGGCGACCCCAUCUUCGGCCAUUCAAAGCCCAGCAAUCUCGCUCAAUCGUGUGACAGAGCCGCUUGAGAUGGAGUCACCGAGGCUGAUGCGCGAGAAGCAACGCGAGUUCCUCGAAAGAGCACACGUGUCGUCGAAAAUCGCAGCCUCGUCAAUGGGUAUCAAGCCUGGCGCACCCCGGCUGGAUCCUCUCGGCAGUCCAAAGGGACCCGUGACACCACUGGCUCUGGAAGAAGGCGAUGACUACUUCCAAGUUGCUGGGGUAGGGAAGAUCUCGCCAGCAGGAAGCCCGGGUCCAACCAGGAGUCCGCGUAGUGAAGCCUCGUCAGACAAGGAAGACUCGCAGAAGAGCAAGCAGGGUAGGCAGACCGAUGUCUACCAAUGA